UGUUGAGAUAAGAUCCCAAAGCGAGCAAAUCCACAGGAGAGAAAAAGAAGGAAGAGAACCAUGCGCAGCAUUAGCAGCAGCUCCUCGAGUCCCCUCGUCUCCGCGCUCAUCCAGUCAUCAUCAUCAUCAUCCUCCGCAAAACCAAGAACACUCCUCUUUAACAACUCCAAACCCAAACCCAUCAACCCAACAUCCCUCACUGUCACCCCUAACAACCCCACUAAUUCCCCUUCUCACAUUGAGAAGCUCAAUGUGCUUCUCCUUCAAUCUGGUGCUCUAAUGGCCUCCGUUGGGGUACCUGGUGCCUUGGCAGUGACUGGGGAGAAUGGGGGAGAUGAUCUGGUCACCACCUUGGUCUCUGGUGGCAUUGUUGCUGGUCUCUACCUUUUUGUUAUUCCGCCUAUUCUCAUGAACUGGAUGAGGCUGAGAUGGUACAAGCGCAAAUUCUUGGAGAUGUACCUGCAGUUCAUGUGCGUCUUCAUCUUCUUUCCCGGGCUGUUGUUAUGGGCUCCGUUUAUCAACUUCAGAAAGUUUCCAAGGGAUCCUACCAUGGAAUAUCCUUGGUCUACUCCAAAAGAUGAUGUUCCACUGUACAAAUCAAGAUAAAAUUCUCUGCAUGUGAGUUUCUGUUUAUAUGUAUAAAAAACUAAUUGAUGUAAAUUUGGCUUUUCUGAUUGUUCAAACAAUCCUACAACGUCAAUACAAGCGAUGCAAGAAGGCAUAAUUUUAUGUUAUCUA